GACGGACAGUCAGUGUUAGUGCACCAACUCUACCAUACGCUGCUAGGUCUGGGAUAUUAGUUUCUACAAUUAUUUUCGUUUUACUUUACUGUUCAGUGUACUUCAUGUACGGUUGGUUUAUAUGUGUAGAUUAUAUAUAUAUAUAAUUUAGCAUAAAACCCAUUUUUAUUAAAUUGCACACCGAAGAAAAGAGACACAACAAGACGCGCGUUGACCCGAGGCAGAAUCCUAAACGGCUCCGUACUUCCGGUCGAUGCAGCAUAGCAGUACUUCGGCUCCGUUUCACUGGCAGCGCAGCGACAACUCCUUCGCUUUUAACUUUUCUCCAGAGAUUGCUUCCUCCUCGCCCCAAAGCAUCAUGGAUCCUAACGAGCCGCAUCUAGGACACGCUGCAGAUUCAGAAGCUGGCUCAGGUUUCGCUUUCCACUUCCAGAUUCCUGCAGAAACGGAGCAGAAGAGUGAUCCGAAACCCAGCACCGGGAAAACAGUGACGAGUGAAGCGGCUCAAAGCUCGGAGUCGAGUGCGGAUUCAAAACCUAAAGCCAAGAAGAAGAAAAAGAAGAAAUCAGGAGUGGGUGGAGGAGAGGAAGCUGAACCGGAGAACGUGAAUAAAACGAGAGAGGAAGCGCCCAAGCAAGAGAGCAUUGGACUGACUCCAGAGCAGCAGCUGAGUCGAGAGCUGGAUUGGUGUAUUGAGCAGCUCGAGUUGGGACUGAUGACUCAAAAAUCCUCUACCAAACAAAGAGAGGAAGCCUCUCGUGCUCUAAAGACUCUGCGCAGCUCCAAAGCACCGAUGGUGAAGAAGAGGCAGGUGAUGAGAGCCGUGUCCGGAGAUUACCGCAAAAAGAUGCAGGAGGACAGAGACAGACAGUACAAACUGAUCCGCUCGGCGAUGUCCUCAGCGAAGGUGACGUGUGUAUCGGAGGCCGGCUGUAGAGCAGUGUACCACCGGCGCGCUGAAACUCUCAGACCUCCAGCACACAGCACACACACUGGCGAGGCUUCACUUCCUGCUGAGCACACAGAGCGAGUUGGGGACACAUUCGUGUUCAGACCUUCAGGAGAGGAGUUUCACUUCAACUUCAGUCUCUGAUCGUCCUCUCUGGAGGAAAACCCAGAACAUGCUGUGUGACUUUAUUAACGUUUUUGUUUGUUUGUUUUUCUUAAUUAAAUGAGGUGUACGUCAUUCUAACGCUGUUCAAUAAAGAUAAAAAAAAAUUAUGAACAGGA